AUGAGCACAAGACGUCCAAGAAGACUUUUAGCUGCGUGCCAUUCACAAAAGAUCAAGUGUUCUGGUGACAAGCCGUGUCAGACUUGUAGUUCAACAGGUAGGGCGGGUGAAUGUGAGUUUCCCGCCAACAAAGAGCGCAAGAUUCCAGUUUCUGAAAGUUAUCUAAAAAAGCUUGAAGAAGAUAGUCGAAAGCUCCAAGCCAUUGCCAGUCACAACCAAACACCAGAGACCGAAACAACCUUUACUCCCCUGAGCAAUCAACGCCUUCAAAAUGAUUACGAUCCGCCAUCACUAUCGAAAGAAGAGAGUAACCUCUUCAACCCGCUCUUCGAUAGACAACCCGAAAAGCCCAUCCAAGAACGGUCCUCCGAACCAGGCUUCAUAGGUGAAGCUUCAUGUGCAGCCUUUAGUAACCGACUCUUAUCAUGUCUCGACGACACAUAUACUCCUUCGACGGCUGGUCUAUCGAAUUAUCACCGACUCAGCACAUACACAAGGUUACCUGCGGCACAAGGCUCGGAGUUUCCAGAGCGAAUGCACGUCAAGUUACUCCUCAACGUGGCGCGACGUUUCAUUGGGAAUUACCACCCUUUGUUUCUUGAAGUCACCUUUAUGAAGGAGAUUGAUGCUGUGUAUCGAAGAGAGAUGGUACCUUCGUCGCUGUGGUUAUGCAAGUUUUAUGCUCUUAUGGCUUUGGGUGAGAUAUAUACCCAUAGAAGAGGCGUUGGGGAUAACAAUAGAGUGCCGGGAACGAAUUAUUACGUGAGAGCUGUGAGUUUAUUGCAGGAGAACCAAGAUUAUUACGAAGAGCCGUCUUUGAUGCAAGUAGAAGUCCUCACACUACUGGCAAGUAUCCUUUUUUUUUUCUGGACUUCAUUCGCCUGGGCUUCCAAUGUGUUAGGUCGCAUCCGAACAGCAUACUGCUACAGCGGCAUCGCCAUGCGUCUAGCCCAAAGUCUUGGUAUGCAUAGAUCUGCGUCACGACACACAACCCUCACACCAGUGGAACGAGAAAGUCGAACACGGACAUGGUGGGUUUUGUACUUUUUCGAUCGUUUCUCCGCAUCCAAGCUUGGCCAGCCGAUUACAGUCAGAGACGAAGAUAUAGACGUGGAAAUGCCGAGUCAGGAGGGUUUGACGAGGGAUGAGAUGGCAGACUGGCGAGAAUUAUUGGGAAUAUUUGUACAUGGUAUACUAAAACAACUUCGAGAAUGGCACGAUGAACUACGCCCCGACAUGCGCGUCAAAGAACGUGGAACUCCCAGACCGGUAGCAAGUCUUCACCUUGCAUACAACCAAUGCAUCAUACAAACGACUCGCCCCGUCCUACUGCAUCUGUUCAAGACACAGUUCCAACUUGGGCCCAAACCAAGAGACGAUGCUCCGCCUCGACAAAACGUCUCAUCCAUCACACUAGCUUUAGCAGAGAGUUGUGUUAAUGCUGCACAGGCGUCAAGUCGUAUCGUUGAAGGACUAUUCCUUGAUGGCAGCAUCGCAACGUUUGGAUAUUGGGACGCACAUCAUAUCUUUUCGGCAGCCAUGAUCCUCAUCAUGUCAGCCGUCAUGAAACCCACAGCUGUAAACUCUGAUCAUCUCGAGACAUUACUGAGUGUUUUACGCUCCUUGAAAAACGACGGAAACAUCCCAGCCGUGGACUUUUGCGAAAGAUUAUCACAUAUCCAAACUCGAGUUUCAACACUCAGAGCAACGGGUCGUUUAGAUGGUGUACCGCCUACUACAAGACCACCUUCGCCGAAUGAGAACCUCGAUUCGUCUACGGGCCAAAACCAACCGUUCCAAACACCGAUGAGCAUGGAUACAGAUUGUAAUACUGGGGUUGUUGAUUAUGAUAAUGUGGAUAUCCUAGGAAAUCCACUUAUUGGGAGCUUUUUGGAUGGGAAUCAGGUUCAAUGGCUGGAUAUUCUUUUUGCAGAGGAUGGAACGCUGAAGGAGUUUGCUUCUGAGAUUGAGGAUCAGUUUUUGUUUAGGUAG